AUGGCCUCCCGCGGCGCGGGCACCCUACUGACCGAGUUCAACGCCGCCUACGUGCCCCCCGGCCUCAUGCCCGGGUACCAAGGCCAUGUUCCUGGCGUGGCCUUCUCCUUCGGCUCCCCCUACGGCACCACCACGCUCAAGUACCUCCAGGAGCAGCGCAACGCAGAGAAGAGCCGCACUCCCUUCCGCAAAGGCCGCCACUUCCCGGCCAGCUUGUUCCCAGACCCCAACCAGGUGCUGAGUGACCGCUCCCGCACCCGGGACCGCUGGCUGCACGCCCCCAGCUGCACCCGCUUCAACCUGGACAGUAGCCGCGCGGCCGAGCUCUCGCGCUUCUACCAGAUGACACAGCAGCAUCGGGAGUACUAUCAAGACAAGACGGGCAUGGCGCCCCGGGUCCCCUACUUCGUGCUGCCUGUGAGGGAGUGGGAACGGUACCCCACCCCCACCGACCUGCCUCCUCUGGGCCCGAAGAAGAAGUGGCACCUUAUAAGAGUAUCCCCUGAGAACCUGAGGACCUACCAGACAUUCCCAUCAGGGAAGAGGGUCUCCGCACAGGAGCGACAGAUGCGGGACUGCUACUUUGAGUUCAGAGCCUGA